CAACCGAGCCUUUAAAACAACGCCGAUUCGACUCGCAACACAAUUCUUCAAUCUCCAGCUAUAAAAAUUCAUUGGCGGGGAAAUUCCUCGUAUUUUUCAGUUUCAUUCGUAAUAAUAAUUCGGCGCUCUUGCAAAUCCGAAAGCAGGUAUGGAAGAUGCAGCUGCAGCUUCAGAGACGUCGAUCCGCCCUCCGAAGAGGGGUAGGGAUUUGGAUCCUUCCGAUGGCGGUCCUAGCACAUCUACCCAUUUGAUCGGAGAAAAGCCUGACCAGGUUAUCAAUGGCAGUGAUCAGGUCCCAGACGAGCUGGAUCAAGGAUCAGGCGAUGGAUUGUUUGAUGAUCUCGAUGAGUUGGAGCCGAGAACAAAGAAGAAACGGACUACGGAUGCGAUUGUGGUACAUAAAGAGAUUGACCAGAGCUUGAUUGAUGUAAUCAAAAGUAAUGGGAAGCUCAUUCCACAUGCUGUCAAAAACUGGGUUGAGCGAUAUGAGAACAAUCCGAAAUCCGCAAUUGUUGAACUCCUGAUGAUGCUAUUUGAGGCAUGUGGAGCUAAAUAUCAUCUUGAUGAAGGUUCCCUGGACGAGACUGAUGUGGAUGAUGUGGUUGUCUCUCUGGUGAAUCAUGCUAGGAAUGGGGAUGUUGAAGAUUAUUACAGUUCCAAACGCAAGGAACUUAAAAAUUUCAAGGAAAACCUGGCUUCAUUCUGGGACAAUUUGGUCAUUGAAUGUCAAAAUGGGCCAUUGUUUGAUCAGGUUUUGUUCGAGAAAUGCAUGGAUUAUGUGAUUGCCCUGUCAUGCACUCCUCCAAGAGUUUAUCGUCAGGUGGCUUCAUUGGUGGGUCUCCAGCUUGUGACGUCUUUUAUAACUGUUGCAAAAAUGCUUGGUGGGCAGCGUGAAACUACUCAGAGACAAUUGAAUGCUGAAAAAAAGAAACGCAAUGAUGGUCCUCGUGUGGAGUCAUUAAAUAGAAGGCUGUCCACAACCCACGAGAAGAUAACUGUGACAGAAGAGAUGAUGCGAAAAAUAUUUACAGGGUUGUUUAUGCAUCGGUAUCGGGAUAUUGACCCUGACAUCCGAAUGUCAUGCAUCAAAUCUCUUGGUAUUUGGAUUGUAUCCUAUCCAGCGCUGUUCUUGCAGGAUUUGUACUUGAAAUACCUUGGUUGGACACUAAAUGACAAAAGUGCUGCUGUCAGAAAAACUUCUGUCCUGGCCUUGCAAAAUCUUUAUGAAGUGGAUGAUAAUGUGCCAUCACUUGGUCUUUUCACGGAAAGAUUUUGCAACCGAAUGAUUGAUCUUGCAGAUGACAUUGACGUUUCUGUGGCUGUAUCUGCCAUAGGACUUCUUAAGCAACUACUAAGACAUCAGCUGCUAGCGGAUGAUGAAUUGGGCCCUUUGUAUGAUUUGCUCAUUGAUGAACCACCGAUGAUCAGGCGUGCUAUAGGAGAACUGGUGUAUGAUCAUUUGAUUGCUCAAAAGUUUAGCAGCUCCUCAUCAGGGUCCAGAGGGGAAGACACUGGAUCAUCUGAGGUUCAUUUGGGAAGAAUGUUGCAAAUACUGAGAGAAUUCUCAACAGAUCCAAUUCUUAGUGCCUAUGUUAUUGAUGAUGUUUGGGAUGACAUGAAGGCCAUGAAAGAUUGGAAGUGUAUUAUCUCUAUGCUCCUGGAUGAGAAUCCAAUGAUUGAGCUUACUGAUGUUGAUGCAACAAACUUGGUUCGAUUGCUUUAUCAAUCUGCCAAGAAGGCUGUUGGAGAAAAGAUUGUCCCUGCUACAGAUAACCGUAAACAAUAUUACAAUAAAGCUCAAAAGGAAGCACUGGAAAAUAGCAGACGUGAAAUAACUGUUGCCAUGAUGAAGAGCUACCCGCAGCUUUUACGCAAAUUCUUGGCUGAUAAAACGAAGGUUUCAUCACUGGUUGAGAUAAUUUUGUAUCUGAAACUUGAGCUUUACUCACUGAAGAGACAGGAACAGAAUUUCAAAACCGUUCUUCAACUAAUAAAAGAUGCAUUUUUCAAGCAUGGCGAGAAGACCACUUUGAGGUCCUGUGUCAAGGCCAUCACCUUUUGUUCUGCUGAAAGCAAAGCAGAACUGCAAGAUUUUGCUCAAAAUAAACUAAAGGAACUUGAGAAUGAGCUGAUAGUUAAGCUUAAGUUUGCCAUGAAAGAUGCAGUGGUGGGUGAUGAUGAAUAUUCCCUUCUAGUGAAUUUGAAACGGUUGUACGAGCUUCAAUUGGAAAAAUGUGUUCCAAAUGAAAGUGUAUAUGACGAUCUGGUUAGCACCCUUCAGAAUCUCAAAAAUGCAGAUGAUGAGGUUGUUGGUUUUCUGCUUCUGAACAUGUACUUGCAUGUAGCGUGGAGUCUCCAUUCUGUUGACAGUGAAAAUCCUUCAGAAGCAUCUGUAUCUUCUCUUUUGUCCAAGCGCACUACCCUGUUUGAGAAACUAGAGUACUUUUUGCACACCCUUCUUGAAGUUGGGGAGGAGAGAAAAAGUGGAGGUCUUCUUUCUUCAAGAGUCUGUAUCAUACUUGCAGAAAUGUGGUGCUUGUUCAGAAAGUCAAGGUUUUCCUCAACGAAGCUGGAAGGAGUUGGAUUUUGUCCAGACAAUUCAAUUAUUCAAAAGUUUUGGAAGCUUUGUGAGCAACGGCUCAACAUUUCAGAUGAGACAGAAGAUGAAGAUGUGAAUGAAGAAUAUAUUGAAGAGACAAAUCCAGAUACAGUCAUGAUUGCUGCAGCAAAAUUAGUGGCUAGUGAUACAGUUCCAAAGGACUAUCUUGGUCCAGAGAUCAUUUCUCACUUUGUAAUGCACGGAGCAAGUGUGGCAGAGAUAGUCAAGCAUCUGAUCUCAGCUUUGAAGAAAACAGCAAAUGAUGAUGUCCCCGAUAUGUUUCUGGAAGCAUUGAAAAGGGCCUACCAGCGACAUGUGGUGGAACUUUCCAAAAGUGAUGAUGAAUCAAUGUCUGGCAAGUCCCUUCAAGAGUUCAAGGAUCUAGCUACACGGCUUUCUGGAACAUUUGUCGGUGCAGCUCGCAACAAGCAUAGAUCACACAUUUUAAAAAUUUGCAAGGAUGGUAUUUCUUUUGCCUUUGUGGAUGCUCCGAAGCAGUUAGCUUUUCUAGAGGGAGCUGUGCUUCAAUUUGUAUCCAAACUUCCCACAUCAGAUGUCCUAGAAAUUCUAAAAGACGUCCAGAAAAGAUCGGAGAAUGUGAACACAGAUGAAGAUCCUAGUGGCUGGCGCCCCUAUUACACAUUUGUCGAGCACUUGCGUGAGAAGUAUGCAAAGAAUGAGGGUUUCCAAGAUGAGAAGGAAGGAAAUGCAUCAAAACGCCGCCGCCGUCGAGGUCGUCCACGAAAGGCGAGGAAUUUGCGGGGAAGGAAGCUUUUUGAUGAGGAAGGUUCGAGUGAAGAAGAAGAUUUUAUUAGUGCGUCAGAGCCGGAGGAACAAGAUGAAGAGGAAGAAAUGGAAGACGGUGAAGAGGAGCUUCCUCUGAUACAUUCCUUUAGAUCAUCUGCCAAGUUGAGGUCAAUGAGAGUUUCACAGUCAGAAAGCAGAGGUCGAGCAGAGACUGCGGAUUCUGUUCAAGCUCCUCAUAGGGAUAAUAAUGCUUCUUAAUUAACAGGGAGAAGCAGGCAGUUGGGACUGUUUUUUUCUCAACGAAUGCACGUGGUGCAUGUGUUUGUAUUCAUGUUCAGGUACAAUGUACGGUUCGGUGUAGCUUCUAGGCGGCGACAUGUGUAUGUUAUUAGGAAGGGGAGUUUUAUGUCCUCCGUGUGUACACUUAUCUGUCAGUUAUGUUUCCCAGUGUUUCUGUAUUCUUCAGGCAUUUAAAUACAAUCUCUCAUGUUCCAUGUUACUGGCACACAUUUCCUUGCAAAAUUAAUGUUUUUC